AUGGACGUCCAAGAGAAGCAUCCAUGUCUGUGGCGCUGGCACCGGUGGCAGGACGGCCUGAGGCGGCCUUCGGUGGUGCUGCUCCUCGGAGCCAUAGCCUUGUUGGGAUGGUCAUCGCUCCAGUCUACCCCGGCCUGGGUGGCUGUGGCCCCGGCGGCCGCCCCAGCCACGGCCAAGGACGAUGUUGCCGUCUCCGGGAGGAGGAGUUGCGUGGAGUUCUACCGCCCCGUCGGGCCUAGGAGUGUUGUCUUCUCCAUCGAGGAGUUCGGUGGGGUGGGCGACGGUAGGACUUCGAACACCGAGGCGUUUCGGCGGGCCGUGCGUCGUCUCGGGGAGUUCGGAGACAAGGGCGGCGCUCAGCUUAAUGUCCCUCCUGGGAGGUGGCUGACCGGUAGCUUUAAUCUCACCAGCAACUUAACCCUCUUCUUGGAGAAGGAUGCGAUCAUUCUGGGCUCUCAGGAUCCGGAGGAGUGGCCAGUAAUAGAGCCAUUGCCAUCAUAUGGGCGUGGGAGAGAGAGACUGGGGGGACGCCAUAUUAGCCUCAUUCAUGGGGAGGGCCUCAGCGACGUCAUCAUUACCGGGCAGAAUGGGAGCAUUGAUGGCCAAGGCAAAAUGUGGUGGGACUUAUGGUGGAAUAGAACCCUGAAGCACACAAGGGGUCACCUGCUUGAGUUGGUGAACUCAGAGAACAUUCUCAUCUCCAACCUAACCUUCCUCAACUCUCCAUUUUGGACAAUACACCCAGUUUAUUGCAGUAAUGUGGUGUUAAAGAAUCUCACAGUUUUGGCGCCACUUCAUUCUCCAAAUACCGAUGGGAUUGAUCCGGAUUCAAGUUCACAUGUCUGCAUAGAGGACUGUUACAUAGAGAGCGGGGACGAUCUCGUCGCUGUGAAGAGUGGCUGGGAUCAUUAUGGCAUCGCCAUGGCUCAUCCUAGCUCAAACAUAGUCAUCCGAAGGGUCUCAGGAACAACUCCAACUUGCUCCGGUGUCGGAAUCGGCAGUGAAAUGUCUGGGGGUGUAAGCAACGUGGUGGUGGAAGACCUGCAUGUCUGGGAUUCUGCGGCUGCUGUGCGAUUGAAGACCGACGUCGGCCGAGGAGGAUACAUAACCGAUGUCACUGUGACCAACGUGACAAUGGAAAGAGUUAAGAUUCCUAUAAGAUUCAGCAGGGGAUCCAAUGACCACCCUGAUGAGGGAUGGGAUCCAAAGGCUUUCCCCAGAGUUAAAGGUGUCCGUAUAAGCAAUGUCGUAGGGUUUGAUGUAGAUAAAGCUCCAGUUUUGGAGGGCAUCGAGGGCGCGGUCUAUGAAGAUGUCUGCAUCAGAAAUUUCAGCUUGUCUGUAACAGGCCGUGAACCCAAAUGGCACUGCGAAUUCGUUGCAGGAGAAGCCUAUGACGUUUCCCCCUCGCCAUGCCUGCAACUCAGCAGCAAUGGGUCUUCGUCCUGGUGCAGACAUUCAUCAUGAGUAC